CGGAAGCUCCGCGUGGGCUACCUUGUGCGGCGUUCUCCAGCAUGGCGGCUUUUGCCGGCCCCGCGAAGCCCAGUCUGGCGCUAAACCCGCUGGAUGACUUAAAAUUUCAAAAGACUCUGACGCAGGUGCAACAGCGCGCGAAAAAGCGAAAGAAGGAAGAUGAACUUAAUCCUGGAGUAAUUUUUCUGGGCCACCUACCAGGAACACUUUCUGAAAGCCAUAUCCAUGACUACUUUUCCCAGUUUGGCACUAUUACCAGAUUCAGAUUGUCCAGAAGUAAACGGACUGGACACAGCAGAGGCUAUGCCUUUUUGGAGUUUGAGUCUGAAGAUGUUGCCAAGAUAGUUGCAGAAACAAUGGAUAACUACCUUUUUGGUGAAAGACUUCUAUCAUGUAAAUUUAUACCACCAGAAAAAGUUCAUAAAGAACUUUUUAAAGAGUGGAAUGUUCCAUUUCGUCAGCCAUCAUUUCCAGCAGUGAAGCGCUACAAUCAAAAACGGGGACGUUUCCAAAUGUUAAAGAUGGAAUAUAGAUUUAAGAGGAAGGAAAAUUUACUCCGGAAGAGGCUAGCUAAGAAGGGGAUUGAUUAUACUUUUCCUUCAUUGGUCUUACCUAAGCCGAAGAAAGAGAUUUCAGAAGACAUUCCUGACACUCCUGAGGAUCCUGAGGACUCAGAGCUUAACCAGGUUUUACCUACCCCAAGAGAAAGGCUUUCAGGGCUAUCUAGGAAAAAGGAGAAGAAGAUUACGAGAGCGUUGAAGAAAAAAAUUACCAAAAACAUUCCGAAGAAGCCUAAAAGGAAUAGGGAUAAGAAGAAGUCUGUGGACAGCCAGGGUCCCACACCAGUUUGUACACCAACGUUUUUGGAAAGACGACAAUCACAGGUGGCUGAAGUCAACGACGAUAAGGAUGAUGAAAUCGUUUUCAAACAGCCUGUGCCCACAGUGAAAGAAGAGGGGCAAAAGACUCCAACACCUGCAAGUUCUGAGAAAAAACGACGGAGAAAAAGAAGAGCAACCAGUGAUCCCUGAAGCAUCCGUGUGCAUAUUUUCUAGGCAGGUGUGAUUUUGUUGCAAAGGCCUGCUAUAUUUUACUAGUGACAUGCAAGCUGUGACGAGACUGUUGGAGGAAAAACACGUUUGUUCAUGCCAGUGAGGACAGCCACCAGGAACUUGUCUCCUUUGACCUGAAUUUGUAUUCAGGCGUUAUAGCUCCCUUAGUUUUCUCUGUCUAUGUGAAACUACAGGCUUAGAUACCACCAGCAGUCUUUGACUGUCUGUGUGGUGGUGUGCACAUAAAACCCAAAGGACUAUUUCAGGCUUCAGCCUCAGGCAUUUGAAACUGGAAGUUAAAUACAGAGAAGGCAGUCCAGGUGUGAAUAUAGAGUACAGCUUUUUACAUGCGUUCAAGUGCUGAUGAGUCCAGAAUGACUUGUUUUCACCCAUAGUUAAUUGCAGGUAAGCUAGUGUAUAGGCUUAACAAAUCAGUUUCAGCAGUUGUCUUCAAGAUUCACAUAGUGACCAAAGUUUUCUGGCUUUAAGUUUCUGUGCUUUUGUAUUGCUAAUUCAGGUUUAUUGAAUAUACCUAUCAAUCACGAGUAAGCAUUCUUUUCAUCCUGUUGGGGUGUACAUGGUCUGGCGUGUGUGCAUUAAGGGGAGAUAAAGUGUCUUCUGUCAUUCAUUUGAAA